AUGGUGUCGGACCAGGAUCUAGCGAAAGGAGUCGAGACUUUGCUCCGGCAAUCCGACCCUAGCUCUCUCACAUCUGUAAACAGUGUUGUUCAGCAGCUCGAGGCCAAGCUAGGGUUAGACCUCACGGAGAAGACGAGUUUCAUCAGAGACCAGAUCAACAUCCUCCUCCGUGCUCACCCAACAGCCUCCGCCUCCGCCUCCGCAUCAACCGUACAACCUCCGCCGCCGCUGUCUCCUCACCAGCACCACCAGCAGCAGCAGCAGCACCAGCAGCAGAUGCAUUCCGGCGUCAACGUUCCGGGGAAAGGACAUUUUACACUUCACCACCCGUCUCAAUUCUCUCCUUCGCAUUUGCAGCAGUAUCCUCCCCAUUUCACUCUACAGCCUCCGUACCACUCUUAUGACCUCAAUUUCCGGCAGCCGUAUCCGCCUUACAUGCCGCCGCAGCAGCAGCAGCAAUCUCCGCGGCAGGGACCUUCUUCUAUGCUGCUUCCACAAGGCGCCAACGCUGCUCACUCUGUUGCUCAAUCCCCAAAAGAAAGUGCUCCUACUGGAACUAAAAGAAAGGGUGGUCCUGGAGGACUGAACAAAGUCUGUAGGGUUUCUCCAGAACUUCAAGUCGUUGUUGGUGAACCUGCGCUUCCGAGAACUGAGAUUGUGAGGCAAUUGUGGGCUUACAUAAGGAAGAACAACCUGCAAGACCCGAGUAACAAGCGGAAGAUCAUCUGUGAUGAUGCGUUGCGUGUGGUCUUCGAGACUGAUUGCACUGACAUGUUCAAAAUGAAUAAGUUGCUUGCUAAGCAUAUUCUCCCGCUUGAUCCAUCAAAGGACUCUGGUCAAGCGAAACGGGCAAAAGCUGAGGUGGAGACUAAGACUGAGGCCGAGACUGAGUCGACCACAGAGCCUGUUAGUUCGACUGUUGCGUUAUCUGAGCCGCUUGCUAAGUUCUUUGGCACUGGUGAGACAGAGAUGACAGAUGAAGAGAUUAUUCGCCGUGUUUGGGAAUACAUAAAGCUCAACAAUUUAGAGGUGGGUGCUGAAGACCCGGUAAAUCCGAUGGCUAUUCAGUGCGAUGAAAAGCUCAGAGAUCUUCUUGGAUGUGAAAGCAUUUCAGCUGUGGGGAUAAAUGAGAUGAUGAGGCGCCAUAUGUACAAGCGGUCUUGA